CCGCGAAGUGCCGCCGCCAUCUUUUUGUCCCCGCACGGCUCCCGUCGCGCCUCCUUCGUUGCUAUGGCGGCGGCGGGGUGGCCUUGGCACUGAGGUGCGCGGGAACUCUGUGGGGCCCUCCCCGCCCCUGGCCCGACCCCAUCCGGCCGCCAUGGAGGACGAGCUGUACCUCGAGAACAUCGAUGAGUUCGUCACCGAUCAGAACCGCAUUGUGACAUACAAAUGGCUGAGCUAUACUUUAGGAGUCCACGUCAACCAGGCUAAACAGAUGCUGUAUGAUUAUGUAGAGAGGAAACGAAAGGAGAACUCAGGAGCUCAGCUUCACGUCACCUACCUGGUAGCAGGAAACCUCAUCCAGAAUGGACAUACAUGCCACAAGGUUGCAGUAGUGAGAGAGGAUAAACUGGAAGCAAUGAAGUCUAAACUGGCCACGGUUACCAGCGUGCAUGUCUACAGCAUUCAGAAAGCCCUGCUCAAAGACAGCGGGCCACUCUACAACACAGACUACGAUAUCAUCAAAACCAACCUGCAUAACUGCAGCAAGUUCAGUGCCAUUCGCUGUGCUGAUGCAGUCCCCAGGACUCCAUCUGAAGUUGCUCAAGCACGGACGUUGGCACGGGCUGGUUCCCAGGCACCGAGUGACACAAGCACUGUCAGCACACCACCACUCAAUGGCCACGGUCCUACAGCUGCUAAGCAGAGCUCACAGCCCCCCAAGGGGAUCAUGGGGAUGUUUGCAGCCAAAGCUGCUUCCAAAGCCCAGGAUGCAAAUAAAGAGCCGAAAGCUAAGGAGGCUCCAAGUGUGUCUGCAGCGAGCAGUAAGCCAUCAGCAAAGGCCAACAUCAUGAACAACUUCUUUGGAAAAGCUGCCAUGAAUAAACUCAAAGUCAACUCAGUGCCUGAGCAGCCAAAGGAGGAAAAAGAAGCUGUCAAGACUUCAGUUCCUGCAACAGAACCAGAGUCAUCUCCUAAUACCAUAGUAGAGAAACCUGGGAGGAAAACAGAGCCUGCUAAAAUUCAACAAAAGGACAAAAAGAGUAAAAUGAAGAGAAUGGACAAGUCUGACAAUGAGGAGGAAAGAGAGCCCGAAAAUCAAAAGAAGAAGAGGAAGAGAAUCAAACAACUGGAAUCUGACAGCAGUGAUGAGGAAGAUGUCCCAGCAUCUCCUACUAUCGAGGAAGAGAAAGUUCCAUCUCCACCACCUCUGGUACCUGCUCUGAAGGCUGAGCUGGAGCCAGCAUCAGCUGAGGCUUCAGCUGGGGGAAAGAAGAGGAAACGGAAGCGUGUGCUGAAAUCCAAGAUGUUUGUUGAUGAAGAGGAAGGUUGCAUGGUGACUGAGAAGGUUUACGAGAGCGAAUCCUGUACAGACAGUGAGGAUGACUUCACCAAGACCAAGCCACCAGCUGCCCCCAAGCAGCCUGCACUGCCUGUGAAGAAAGAACCAAAGGAAGAGAGGAAGAACCAGAAGAAGGGGGCAGCCACCACCAGCAGAGCCAACAAACAGGUCUCCAUCAUGGGCUUCUUUCAGAAGAAAUGAACUGACUCUUUCCCCCGCUCCCUUUGGCAGCUUGAGAGUGUUGUUCUCUUUGCGUGGCUCUCUGAAAGCUGCUGCACAGGAGGAGGACAACAUGCAAUCUUCCAUUACGUAAGAUAUCUUGCUUACUGUGUAAGUAAGCCCUUUGGACUACAUUUUGUAUUGGGAAGAAGUUUUAUCUGUUACUGCAAUAACUUCAGUCUUCACUAUUAAGCUGUGUGAAAAUCACCACCUGGAUGCAACGUCUGGACUGAACUCCUGAAAGACUGUUCAUCUAUUUACAUGACAUUUUAUUUUAUUUUUUUUUUAAGAUGGCCUUUUAGCAGCUUGGUGUUAAAGGCCCAUUCCACAAGUGGUAGAUGGACUCCACUGGGAGUUAAGUUCUGGCAUCAUCUUUUUUUUUUUUCCCCUUUUGUUUUUUCCUCCCCUGUUUUUACACCUUCAGCUCUCCACAUUGAUCCAAACGUUCACGUUGGUGAGAAGCUGCAAUGUAGCAGGUCUUCAGGCACACACACAGAUAUUGAACAUCUGCUUCAGCUUGAACUGAAUGAAACAAACUUAAUUUUCCCCCUGAGGCUGGUAAAUAGUUUUUGCUCUGCC